AACCGACGACAAACUCAGCGCUGUCAAAAGAUUCUCUCUCUCUCUCUGAGUCUGUCCUUUCCUUGCUUUUUUCCUUAUCUUCUUCUUUCCUCUACCCUCGCAAACCCUAAUUAUUCAUUUUUCCUUGGAAACAAACACACACCCUGGCCUAAUCAGCUGCUACCAGACUGUCGCAGUCAUCCAUCAUGCCCCGUUCUCUCUCUCCAUAACCUUCAAAAUCUGUUCACUUCUUUUUUUUUUUUUUGGGCUACUUUGCACCGAGUUCUUUUAUUCUUAAAUUUUGAAUGGGGUGUUCGACCUCCAAGGUGGACGAUCUCCCGGCGGUGGCACUCUGCCGGGACCGGAUGACCUACCUCGACGAGGCAAUCCACCAGCGCUACGCUCUGGCCGAGGCCCACCUCGCUUAUAUUCGCUCCCUCAAAGGAAUCGGUCGCUCCCUCCACGGUUUCAUCGAUGAUUUAACUCAUUCCGUCGCUUUGCCUGUUUCCCCCGAGCUCAAUCUCCCGCCUCACAGGAAGGGCGACCCCGUCCAUCAUCGUCGCGAUGACUCCGGUCACAUCGAUUUCAACUCCGGCUCGGACUCCGACGACGACGAUUUGGGUUCGCUCCACCACGACUCGGGUCACUCAUCGCCUCUUCACCAACAAGGUGAUAUUGAAUACAUGGAUAGGGAUCAAUUUGAAGAUGGGGACGGACAGCUGGGUUCGUAUCAGUUUCAAGGUUUCUUUCCUGGCGACGGAGGAGAACGUGGAGGCGGCGGCGGGCUUAUGCACAUGAAUUAUAUGAAGAAUAAAGCGACGCCUUCGGUGGUCUACGAGCAGAGGCCGGUGAGCUCAGUGAAGGUGUAUAUGGGUGAAUCUUCUCCUACUUAUUCUGGUUAUCCUCAUUCUUAUUAUGGAAAUACUAAUCCCAGUUCUAGUGCUUCUGCGUAUUAUGGGUCUGCUUCCCCCCCCAAUCCCAAUUAUAGUAACUAUGGUUCUGGUUACUAUACUAAUUCCCCGAGCCAAAUGGAUACGUCUUCGAAGAAGCCACCGCCCCCUCCGCCCUCGCCUCCGCAAGCUUCGGCAUGGGAUUUCUUGAACCCAUUCGAGGGUUACGACAGAUAUUAUGCGGCGUACACUCCGAGUAGGAACUCGAAAGACCUGAGGGAAGAAGAGGGGAUUCCCGACUUGGAAGACGAGGAUUACCAGCACGAGGUGGUGAAGGAAGUUCAUGGGGAGGAGAAGUUUGUCGCUGAUGGGGGAAGAAGCGGUGGUGAUGGGAGUGGGAUGCGUUCCAAGGCUGUGGUGGACGACACUGAGGCCUCAACGUCGCUAUACGAGAUUAGGCCCAGUUCUGCAAUAGAGAAUGAUAGGAUGGGGUAUGAUGGACAUACGGUGGAGAAGAAAGUUGUUGAUAAUGAGGAGAGAUCCGAGGAGACUAGGGCCAGGUUUAAGGGUCCUCUGAGUGUGUCUCAAGUGGUACAGGAAGUUGAGGUUCAGUUUGACAGAGCUUCCGAGUCGGGGAAUGAGGUCGCGAGAAUGCUUGAGGUCGGAAAGCUUCCUUAUAACCGUAAACACGGUGUUUAUCAAGUUUCUUCCAAGAUGUUGCACGUUGCUCCUUCAAUACCCAUGGUAUCCGCACAGCCUUCUACUUCUAAGGGUGCCGAGUCAUCGUCGGCCUCUGACAAGGCGGGUCCGGCUCAAUUGCACGUGGAUGAAGAUGUGGUGUGGUUGGGAUCUACAAAUCUUUCGUCUACUCUACAAAAGCUGUAUCUUUGGGAGAAGAAACUCUAUAACGAAGUUAAGGCUGAGGAAAAGAUGCGGGUGGACCAUGACAGGAAGGUAGAUAAGCUAAAGCGCUUAGAUAAAAGGGGUGCUGAGGCUCACAAAGUUGAUGCUACUCGUACUUUAAUAAGGAGCCUGUCAACGAGAAUAAGAAUGGCAAUUCAGGUUGUUGAUAAGAUAUCUGUGACGAUUAAUAAGAUUCGGGAUGAAGAGCUUUGGCCACAACUAAAUGAAUUAAUUCAAGGGUUAACCAGAAUGUGGAAAAGUAUGCUUGAAUGCCAUCGUAGUCAGUGCCAGGCAAUCAGAGAAGCCAAAGGUUUAGGUUCGAUUGGAUCGGGCAAGAAGCUUAGUGAUGAUCAUCUUAGAGCCACUCGGGAAUUUGUGCACGAGCUUAUUAGGUGGAAUGUUGCUUUUUCUCGUUGGAUAAGUUGCCAGAAGGGAUAUGUGAGAGCCUUGAAUAAUUGGCUUCUUAGAUGUAUACUGUAUGAACCUGAGGAAACAGACGAUGGGGUAGCUCCUUUCUCACCCAGUAGAGUAGGUGCACCGCCUGUGUUUGUAAUCUGUAAUCAGUGGUCGCAAACUUUGGAAAGAAUAUCUGAGAAGGAAGUGGUUGGUUCUAUGCGCGGUUUUACCAUGAGUGUGGUUCAUAUCUGGGAACAAGAUAUGCUGGAAAUGCGCCAGAGGAGUACGGCAAACAAGGAUCUGGAUAAGAAAGUUAAGAAUUUGGAUAGAGAGGACCAAAAAAUACAGAGGGAGAUCCAGGCAUUAGACAAGAUAAUCGUUCUGGUCUCUGGGGAUGGUAACGGUCUAUCAGUUGGAGAGGUUGUAUAUCCUAGUGACACUCAAAAUAGAAGUCUACAGGCAAGUCUGCAGCUAAUUUUUGAGGCCAUGGAGAGAUUCACGGCUAACUCUAUGAGAGCUUAUGAGGAGCUUUUGCAACGCAGUGAGGAGGAAAGGGUUCGCCAAGAGCAUGGAAGAGUUUCACAGGGCUGAGCGAGUAGUUAACAGAAAUGUCGAUGCUUUUGCAUUGGUAAAAUUUGUGGCUCGGGAAAGGGUUUGGUAUCUGCAGCUCGCAGCCCUUGCAUAAAAUCUUUUGAAGAUCAGGAUCUUCGUGGAGUUGAAUGAAUUCCUUCUAUUAUCAUUGGAUAUCACUGACUCCAUUGGUUGUGGCCCUCAAUGGACUGUUUCAGUCGGUUGCUCAUGUCACCAAAGAGUAAUCCUCAUAAUUUUUUUGGCCUAGAUUUGGGAGGCUUGCAUAGCCAAUAAUGCUGGGUCCUAUACCAGCUGUUCUAAUCAUAAUCACGGACCACUGCAAUUGGGUGGUACUUACAUCAGUAGAGAUGAGGGCAAGGCUUAGCUACAAUCCUACAAGAGUACAAAGCAAGUUCGUGCUGACCAGAAAACGACUCUGUGCCACUGCAAUUGUUUUGACAACACACAGACCCUCUAAAGCCUGCUGCCGGGCCAAGUGGGUGCGUUGUCUGCCAAUUUCUCUCUUGCUCAUAUUUCUUCCUAACGAGCCAUAUUCUCUCACUUUGUACUAUGUACAGCAACAAGCAGUACUCUCAUUUAUACGCAUAUCCUAUGAGCAAUUGUCCCAUCGCGUACCAGCAUUUCAUUUCAUGGAAAGAUGAUUAAUGCUGAUGGGGGCCAUGAUUUUUUUUUAAUUUUUUUGAAGGGGAAGGGGUGGAUGGGACACGCACAACCAAGGCCAGAUUUACCCAGGCAGGGGAAUCUCAAUCUCCCUCCAGUUUUGUACGAAGAUUAAUGUUUUUAAGCAUAGGCAAAUUGGGCUGCCUAUGUGUGACGCAAGUCACGGAGGAGGAUAGGCCCUUUCAAAAGUUGUUUGAUAAAUCUUCUUCUUUCUUUUUCCCUUUCUAAUUUUCCUCUUACAGGAAUUUAUUAUUGUAUAGACGACUUCUGAAACCCAGCAAGCUUCCUCCAGCACCUUCCAAUAAAAGAGCUUGUCUUGGAAUUACUAUCCAAA